CCUUGCAUUUUCCCUCAAAUUUUCUGAGAACCAAACAUGGCCUGAGGGUAAUUCUCCCAAAAACCAAUCUCUCCACAGUUUCAGUCUCUCUCUAGUCUCUGUAGAAUUGGGGCGUUGGGGGAAUGGGAAACCGCGUCGCAGAUCUUCACUCCCUAACCAAGUUCCAGGAGAUUCUCAAGUGCUCCGUUUGCUUCGACUUUAUGCAGUCUCCAAUUUAUCAGUGCCACAAUGGACACACACUCUGUUCAAGCUGUAAAGCAAGGGUACUCAACAAAUGUCCCACUUGUAGGCACCAGCUCGGUGAUAUAAGGUGUCUAGCUCUGGAGAAGAUGGCCGAAUCACUUCAACUGCAUUGCAAGUAUGAGGAGUUUGGAUGCCCUGAGAUCAUCCCUUACCACACCAAGCUCAUGCAUGAAGACUCGUGUAACUUCCGGCCAUACAGCUGCCCAUGGUAUGGAUGUCCGUGCUCUGCUGUUGGGGAUAUUCCACUCCUUGUUUCUCACCUGACAGAUUAUCACAAGGCAGUCAUGCUCUAUGGCUGCAAGUUCGAACUUGAAUUUUUGAUAGAAGAUCUCUAUAAAUGCCAAAGCUACAAAUGGGAUGUAACUAUCAUCAAUUGUUUUGACAAACACUUCUGUCUCCAUGCUGAAGCCUUCCUUAUAGGGUCGACUCCCGUUUACAUGGCAUUCCUCAGCCUGAUAGGCAACCAAGCAGAGGCCGGCAACUACAGCUACAGCCUGGAGAUAGGUGGAAAUGGGCGGAAGCUUACUUUUGAGGGCAUCCCACGAAGCAUUAGAGAGAGUAAGAGGAGUAGCUUGGAGAGUGCAGACAGCCUCAUUGUGCUGGGAGGCAUGGUUUUCCUUAGGAGGGGAGACGAGAAUGCCCAUGCUUCGGGUUUUAGGUCGGAUAUGGAAAGCCCAGAUUCCAGGAUAAAAUUGGUUGAUUGAUUGAUACAAGGGUUUUUGAGAUUCAUCCCUCUGUAAUUUAUCUUCUUUUCACUCUGUAAACAAAGACGAAGAAUCAUGAACAGAAUAUGAAACAACUGAUUGUGUAGAUUCGUGGAUUGAAUUAAUCCAUUCAGUGACACAUGAUAUAAAAAUUGUUGAUUUUACAAA